AUGGAAUCUACUUCACCGAAAAUAGGUAAACAAUGAAGACGGGGGAAACAGACACCGAUUUCAAAAUUUUCAGAAAAACUUCGACCUCUCAUGGAUUUUGUAGAUCACACAGAUCAAUUGGCAGAACAAACAUUGGAAUCAGUUGAUUGGAAACAAGUUGAAAAAAUGAUGCCAAGGAUCUUAAAAGUGAGGAAUUUAAUUCAUUUUAAAAUGAAUGGUAGUGGGAAUGAACUAGUUGAUUCUAUACAAAAAAUAAACGAAAUUUUGACCGAGAAUCUUGGAAUUCGAUUAAAAUUUUGCAAUUUCUCCUGACAAAGCUCUCUUUUAAAAUAUUCCUAUUUUUAGGGAAAAUCUCGAGAUGAUAUAAAACAAUUGCUAUUAGCUGAACUCGAUGGAAUGUCGAAAAAGCGAAUUAUUGCUGUUCUUUCUGGACAUGAUUUUGAAGAAUCAUCGAGUUCUGAAGAAGAAGAAGAAGAGAUGGAAAUUGAGGAGCAAAAAAGAAAUUGAAGAAAAUGGACAAAAAACAGUUGAGAAUAAAACAACAAUAUCAGAGAAAGAAGAAGAAGAUGUGACACAGGCUUCAGAAUCAGAUAUAUCAGAAGAUGGAGAAAUAAAAUCAGAUGAUGGAAAGAAAGAAGAGAAACAGAAAGAAGUUGAAGAGAAAUCGGAUGAAACUGAAAAUGUUGAAAAAGGAGAAGAAAUCGAGGAAGAAGAUGAAGAAGAACGGGUAAAUCGAGAAAUUCAAGAAGAAGUUGAUUCUUUCUUUGAUUGA